GAUAAUGAUAAUGAAAACGAGUAUUAAAAUACUCCUUACUAAUAUAUACUCCUUUUAGCUACUUCGACAAUUUAAUUGAAAAACUCUAGGCUCUACCCCAUUUUGAUUCAACCAUUUCUUCUAUAUAAAUCCUCACGCUGGCUUAAUGCACAAACAAAUAAGCAUCACUAAAACAACAUGAGUAAGCUUAUCACUUCCUACCGUUAUACUCUCACAGCAUUGCUUCUAACAAUCUCCCUCAUCUUCUCACACACCACCACCACCAAUGCCAGAAAAUGCAACCCAUAUAAGCCUCUUAUCGGCAGGCCGGCCCCUCCAGGGAAAUGUGAUCCUAGUGGAGCGACCUGUUGCGAAGCAGGCCGCUCUUACCUUACAUACAAAUGCUCACCCCCAGUAACUCGCCAAACCUCAGCAAUCCUAACGGUAAACAGCUUUGCCGAAGGUGGAGACGGGGGUGGCCCUUCAAAAUGUGAUAACCGAUUCCACCAUGACAGCGCCCGUGUGGUUGCUCUGUCGACUGGAUGGUUUGAACAUAGGUCUCGAUGCGGCAAACAUAUUAUCAUCAACGGCAAUGGGAGAAGCACUACAGCAAAGGUGGUGGACGAGUGUGACUCCACCCAGGGGUGUGAUAGAGAACAUGGGUAUCAAGUCCCUUGCCACUAUAAUGUUGUGGAUGCAUCUAAUGCUGUUUGGAGUGCCCUUGGGGUGUCCGAUAGCUCAAGUCAAUACGGUGGUAUGAAGAUUACUUGGACUGAUGCAUAAUACAGCUUAAACUUAUGUGUAUCAAUUGUUAUUAGGUCUAUCUAUAUAUUUAAAUAAAUUACUUUUCUUAUCUUAUGUCAUGUACUCAUAAGUAUGGAACUAUGCACUAUAGUCAAGGUCGUUUUAAAUA